ACGGCUGCUGUGAUUGGCUGUCCGGUGCCGUUAUUUUGUCGUGAAACCUGACGCUAUUUGCAAGCACCCGCGUAACUAAGGAAGCCAAAGACCAAAAGAAGGCAGCACAGAUGUGGAAGUUACCCCAGGUGUAAAUUUUGUUCAAGAGGGAGGAUGCCUGGCACGGUGUUGGGCGUAGGUCCGGGCGUGUUUCUACUGGGUCUCAUCUGGAUCGCCACUCUGCUACUCGCCGUACUGCUGUCUAGGGCUUCAAGAUCGGCCAAAUUCUCCAUCAUCCCGCUGCUCUUACUGGCGAUCGUGAUCACGCUGGUGCUGCUGUUCUUCCCACGGAGCUCAGAGAUUCCCACCCCGGUCAGGGAGGUGGAGACGGUGGACGGCUUCUUCAUCGGCCGCUACGUGCUGCUCUCCGUGGCGGGGGCGGCUUUUCUGGCCGCCCUCUUCCUGCUGCUGCCCCUCCACUUCCUCACGCCUGUGCACGCCAAGCCCCUCCAGGUGCAUUAGUGUCCAGAUACGGAUCGCACGGCCGGGCUGUUGUUAAAGCCUAAUAUCAGUGUCUUUAUUUUUUUUUUCUUCAAUGAAUGAAUAAAGCGCUUCUCUCAUGCUAUGUGAAAGAUUCCAGGAUAAUAAUCUCACUACAGCAUAACAAGAAGAAAGCAAACUGUCUUCUCGUUAAUUAUUUUGAUAUAAUUAUUUUUCACUCUGGUGAUCUGUUAAACCUUAUUUAUUUUUUACACUCCUUCUGACAGCAUAUUCGCAUUGAGUAAAAAUGUCAGUUCUCCAGCAAAAUCCUAUUUCCUUUCUGUGGUUUGUUGGUUGUACUGUAUUAUAUAGAUCUAUUGCUACAACAAAAAAUGUAGGAUGUGUAAUUUCCUUGAAUUUUAAUGCAUGUCUUUAGCUGAGCAUUUUGCAGAAAGUAUCCUCAGAGACUUUUCUCUGUAGUUCUCUGUCAUUUAUACGUUAUGUUCAUUUCUGUAUAUUAGUUUAUUUUUGCGGUGUGACUACCUUUAUAGUUUAUAGUAAUAUUUUUGUUCUGUUUACAUAUAAUUUCCAAAGCUUUCAAUAAACAUAGUUUUAUUUUUAUACUCAAACUCAA